GCCGGCGAUUUCUUCUGACUCUGUGGGGAAUAUCACCCUGUUCAUGUCCCUUUGGUUUCUCGCGGACAGUCGCCGCGAGUCCGCGACGCGGUCCACCAGCCGCGAUUAUGUCUGUGCGGGAUUUAAAGGUCCGACAAUCCCCUGUCGAGGCUGAAGGUCUCAGACAGAUUUCGGUGCGAGUGGAGGAGAUCCGUGUGCACACAGGCAGCCUCGCAAUUGGAGGUGGACCGGACUGCGGAGAGCAAUACGCACCCCUCGCAUAAUUCAAUUUAAAAAAAAGGAUGAUUUAUGCUUGACUGUGUCAGGCACGCGAAUCUUUGCGGCGUGUCACGGCAAUUUGCAGCACAUUUCGUUCCUGUUCCACAGGGCAGCCUGAUACCGGUGGAAAGGAUCUUUCCGCGCACUGCGGUAACAGGCUGUCCCUCUUCAUGAGGGUUUGCACCGUCAGAACUAUUGAUUUGGUGGAGGCAGGCGCCGGUGUGGGUCCGUUUCGUCGCUCUCCGGAACUGCAGCAGAUGCAAGAGAAGACAUUGCAUCUGAAAACAAUGGCUUAACUUUCCUGACGUAUGGACUUUGACCCUUGGCCGAGAAAGCGACGGAUUUGAAACGUAGAAUAUUUCAUCAGACUCACUGCAGAUUCACCAGAGACCUCCAGUAAUUUGUUGGUUGGGCUCCUCCCUUACCUGCCUGACAUUGAGUUACUCGUGGCUGGAAGUUUUGCUGGACAUUUGUAGAGCGUUACAGAAUUUGCAGCCCGGUUUUUCCAAUGCCUAAAAAUAGCAAAGUUGCAAAGAGGGAACUGGAUGAAGAUGUCACAGAGUCCGUCAAAGAUCUUCUUUCGAAUGAGGAUAUGAAUGAUAACCAGUUUAAAAAGAGUGCGUUAUAUGUAGAUGAUUCGCCUGCUGACAAAGACGUGGACAUUGAAGAAGGAUUUGAUACUGAUGAUGAAAGGCCUGCCUGGAGUAAUAAACUUCAGUACAUUCUGGCACAAGUUGGAUUCUCUGUUGGUUUAGGCAACGUAUGGAGGUUUCCAUACUUAUGUCAGAAAAAUGGUGGAGGUGCCUACCUCGUGCCAUAUUUGAUUUUGCUCCUUGUUAUUGGCAUCCCUCUCUUUUUCCUGGAACUUGCGGUGGGCCAGAGAAUCAGGCGAGGCAGUAUCGGUGUGUGGAACUACAUCAGCCCAAGACUGGGUGGAAUAGGAUUUUCCAGCUGUGUUGUGUGCUUCUUUGUAGCUCUUUACUACAAUGUUAUUAUUGGUUGGAGCUUAUUUUAUUUCUCCAAGUCCUUCCAGCACCCACUGCCCUGGGAUCAGUGCCCGUUGGAAAAGAAUGGGACCCAGACCUUUGUUGUUCCUGAAUGUGAAAAGAGUUCCGCCACAACCUACUUUUGGUACAGAGAAGCGCUGGACAUAUCUGACUCCAUUUCUGAGAGUGCGGGCCUGAACUGGAAGAUGAGUAUUUGCCUAUUCAUUGCUUGGUUUAUGGUGUGUCUUGCCAUGAUCAAAGGCAUUCAAUCCUCUGGAAAGGUGAUGUAUUUUAGCUCUCUAUUUCCCUACGUUGUACUUAUCUGCUUUCUGGUUCGAGGCCUUCUUCUGAAGGGUUCUUUUGAUGGCAUCCGUUACAUGUUUACCCCGAAGCUGGAGAUCAUGUUGGAUCCUCAGGUCUGGAGAGGAGCUGCAACACAAGUGUUCUUUGCUCUUGGCCUGGGAUUUGGAGGUGUGAUUGCUUUCUCCAGCUACAACAAACGUAACAACAACUGCCAUUUCGAUGCAGUCCUCGUGUCCUUGAUCAAUUUCUUCACGUCUAUCUUAGCGACGCUUGUGGUGUUUGCUGUCUUGGGCUUCAAGGCAAAUAUAAUAAAUGAGAAGUGUGUUGCUAGAAAUACAGACAAGAUCCUGGAAAUGCUGAAGGCAGGAGUUAUCAGUCAUGAUCUCAUCCCUCACCACGUUAAUCUGUCCGAUGUUUCAGCCACCGAUUACCAUCAGAUGUACAACAUCAUAAAGGAAGUGAAAGAAGAAGACUUUCAGAAGUUAGGUUUGGAUUCAUGUCAACUGGAGGAUGAACUUAACCAGGCUGUGCAAGGUACUGGUUUAGCCUUUAUUGCCUUCACUGAGGCCAUGACUCAUUUCCCAGCAUCCCCUUUCUGGUCAGUGUUGUUCUUCCUAAUGCUGGUAAACCUAGGCUUGGGCAGCAUGUUCGGCACCAUUGAAGGAAUACUCACACCACUGGUGGAUACGUUCAAAGUACGCAAAGAAAUCUUGACCAUUGGCUGUUGUCUCAUAGCUUUCGGUAUUGGCCUGGUCUUUGUACAGCGCUCUGGAAACUACUUUGUUACCAUGUUUGAUGAUUACUCAGCUACCCUGCCCCUUCUGAUUGUGGUUAUCCUGGAGAACGUCGCUGUUGCUUGGGUUUAUGGCACAGAUAAGUUCAUGGAGGACUUAAAGGAUAUGCUGGGUUUUACUCCAUUCCGAUACUACUAUUAUACAUGGAAAUACGUCUCUCCACUAAUUCUUAUUGCUCUGCUCAUAGCAAGCAUCGUCCAGAUGUGCUUAAGUCCACCGGGCUACUAUGCCUGGAUAAGUGAAUUGGCUGGUGAAAAGUUUCUGAGUUUCCCAGUGUGGGGCUUGACCGUCUGCAUCGGCCUCAUCAUUAUGGCAGUUCUCCCCGUCCCUAUAGUCUUCAUCACUCGUUAUUUCAACCUUAUUGAUGAUGGUUCCAAUUCUCUGGCCUCGGUCUCCUACAAAAAAGGACGGAUCCUGACGGAGAACUCCAACCUGGAGGAAGAUGAUGCCAGUCUCCUGCAGAGCAAAACCCGAAGUGAGAUGCCCUCCCCAGUGGUUGGUAACAGCAUUUACCGCAAGCAGACUGGAUCCCCCACUCCAGAAGCAGACACUGCUCCGAAUGGCCGCUACGGCAUUGGAUACUUAAUGGCUGACAUGCCUGAAUCGGACUUGUAGCUUCUGAUUGAGCUUUGCCUGGCUGUGUGUAUGUUGUUACAUUGCGCAAAAUUGCCACUCAGAAGCACGCAGAGUAUGAAUGUGGCAUAUGUACCAUGUAUAUCCUGUAGAUAGACUAUAUUUUUCCAUAUUAGUGAUACUGAAAUACUGUCCCUGCCAGUAGCUCUGAAUUUCUAGUUCUAUAAGAUUGUAUUCAGUGAUCCCUAUAAGGAAAAAAAAAGUAAUCAUCUUUUUUGAAGAAAAAACUGUUCGUUUCUCAGUCACAGAUUACCCUUUAUCAAUGUAAAUCAUCAAAUGUAUGGAAUUCUCAUUUCUAAACUUUACAUGACAUAUGCAGACAUUUAGGAUUAAUUUGAACACUGAACUAAGAAUGUAAACUGAUAUUGUUGCAAAUUAUUUACUAGCUUAUGAAACCCCUUAGCCAGCCGGUGGUGUAGUGACAUCCACACCGGACUUCGGGGCGUGUGGUCCCAGGUUCAGAUCCGGCCGUCUCCUUGCACGCUUUCCAUCCAUGCUGGGCUGAGCAUCGAGCUAGCAACUUGGCCUCGUAAAAGACAGAUACAUGCUAAGGAAAUGGCAAGAUUGCCGCUUGAUGCAGCAAAAGGCGCGGGGAGGAGCAACAACAAUGAAACCCCAGUACAUAAUUUUAUUUUUAAAAAUUGAGGUUUGUAGAGGGGAUUAUCCUUUUACGACACCCACAGUCUUACCCACAGGGCAAGGAUUGGCACUGAGGCAAAAAUACAGUAGUUUCAAUUCUCUAAGACUUUUUCAAGUGCUUUUUUUUAAUUGUUACUGAAGCCCCAGUGUGAUGAUUAAGAGAUUGCUGGCUGAAAGAGUACAGUCGCUACAAUGGCCAAGAGAUUUCUGUCAGAAACCUUUGUGGCUUUUAUUUAUGUGUGCAAAGGGUCAGGCACUUUUCUGACCCCGAGUCAGGCAAUCAGUUUCUAGGCUGGACUUGGAGGAAUUGGUCUGUAUGAAAGAAGAUGAUUGAACUUAUCUGAAUGUAACAGCAGGUGAAGUAGGAGCUCUUCUAACCAAACAUUAAAAAAUGUACCGGUUUUUCUCCCUAAUGGUCAUGCAUAAAGACCAUUCUACCUGAGGCCUGAAUCCUGCAGAUUCUGAACCCAAUAUGGACUCCGGCUCAGAUUCCACCCACAGUCCACACAACUGCCUCUAAGUUCUCAAGUUCAUUCCUUCUUACUGGGCCCUCUCCCAAUUCAACACCUUUGGCAACACACACAAAAUGCUGGAGAAAAUCAGCAGCCAGGCAGCAUCUAUGGAAAAGAGUAAACAGUU